GUACCUUUCCCAACACACUCUUUUUUCAGUUCCUCCUCAGCCAAAACCCUGCGAAGUAAAAGGCAGGUUUCUUCACUGUCGUCCUUCUCCCUCACUGCUUACAAGGAAAACGAAAGCAGUAAUGAGUUCGUAGCAGAGCUCUCCGGUCUGGUUCCGUUUUCAAACGAAGCCCUAAAACAACAUCAUGAGGUACUCCAAAUUCAUUUCUCACUCCUCCUUCCUCUUCUCGCGCUAUUCCGCAACCGCUCGUCAAAACCCUAAACUUGUUCUACCAUACAUUGCUCGGGAAUAUACGUCUCCCGCGCAGCAGCCGACGGAGAGGGUGUCGGCGAUCGUCGACGAGAUCGCCGGACUCACAUUACUCGAGGUGGGGGAUUUGACGGAGGUCUUGAGGAAGAGACUGGACAUCAACGAGAUGCCGGUGAUGGCGGUGAUGAUGCCGGGGAUGGGAUUCGGCGGAGGCGUGAGAGGCGGCGGGGUGGGGGCGGCCAAGGGGGAGGAGAAGGUGGCGGUGGAGAAGACCGCGUUUGAUUUGAAGCUCGAGGGAGGUUACGAUGCGGGGUCAAAGAUCAAGAUUAUAAAGGAAGUGAGGGCUUGUACUGAUUUAGGGUUGAAGGAAGCCAAAGAUUUGGUGGAGAAGGCGCCUACCCUUUUGAAGAAGGGGGUGCCCAAGGAGGAGGCCGACAAGAUUAUUCAGAAGAUGAAGGAGGUGGGCGCUAAAGUCACCAUGGAAUGAAUGGUAAGGCUUCUUCAUAUCGGAAUUGGAGGACAAUAAAGAUUAGGAUACGCAAAACGCAGGCUUAUGAUUUUCAAAUGGGAAAAGGAUUAGCUGAUGCAUUGCACAAGCACUGCUGAUGGCGAGCAACAGAGAUUUCUCCAAUGUUAGUGUAAUCCAGAGAUUUUUUUUUGGUAAUGGAAUUUUUUUGGGUCAGAGCUGCUUUUUGAUGUUUCAUUAUUCUCUCGUUUUUGGUCUGACGCUAAUUUAGAAGCAAGUUUUGGCUCAAGUAAUGUGUAUGCAUUGCCCUUCUGUUGUGGAAAUUACUUCCAUUGGUGGAUUUGUUAGUUUGUUUGAGACUAUGCAAUUUUGACUUUUGUACCCCUACAAAAUCACAAUGUUUGAAAUAUCAAAUUACAAAGGUACUUGCGGUGGACACACUUUUUUCCUCGUGUGAUAAUGAAGCUCCUGGACCAGGUGGUUGUACUGUUUGUUUCUUUAAGAAGACUUGGUAUAUUAUUCGGGGCGGGGAAAGUAAAUGCCACUGCUACCAUUUUGGUUCCAGAAAUUCCGAACCCAAGUUCCGUGUCCGACUAUAGACCCAUCUCCUGAUGCAACACUACCUACAAAGUCAUCCAAAAUUCUCACUAAUAGACUCAAAGCUGUGAUUCAUCUCAUGGCCAGUUCUUCCCAAGCUGCUUUCAUCUCAAGGGUCAGGGCCUUUCUCUCUGGGCGAGUGCAUCCGAUUCAAAAGUCCUUUCCUAAACCCCUUCCCGUUCAGUCGAUAAGAGAUAGAGAGAAGCAACACCAUUUCGUGUUCUCCUUGUUUUGCAUCCCAUUUGUGCAUACCACAAAAUGAAUAGGGGAUGCAGAGGACCAUCACCUUUGGUUCCCCUUGUAAUGGUGGGAGUUCUUGGUCUACUCAUACUUGGCUCGUUCCUUCAAACUGUCGUUGAUACCUUUUCACCUCUGUUGGAGCUCGGGGGAGAAUUAGAGGACCGCGAAUGGACCUUCGUCGUGCUGCUUAUUCUGGUCCUUUUCUUGCUGCUAAUACAAAUGACCGUGAAUUUUAAAACCGACAGCUUCGGUUACGAUGGCGAAGGAUUUGGGUUGGGAUCUGUACUUUUGUUGGUGGUUUUUUUCGUUCUGUAUCUCAUCUUUACUUAUGAAUAAUGUCGUGCGAGCUGUUUGUUCGUUCAAUUCUGGAAGUGUGUGCUGCUUGUAUUUCAUGGUGAAGCUAAAUAGGGUGUUGGUGCAGUUUAGAAUUUGUGCAUACAAGUUUUGUGAUAUCAGUCUCCAUUGUCCCC